CUCGAGGUUCCGGUAUAUCAUCUGCAAGUUUCUCACAUCGUAUGAUCGUAACGGUAACAUCGUUGCGAUUGUAGUGCCAAUUUAAAAGAAAAACGACAUAACAAUGUUGUCAAGGAAACUUUUACCUAAGAAUGUGACAAAUGUCAUAAAAGGGUUUGCAUGCCAAUGUAGAAAUUAUUCGCAAAACGAGACUUUGAAAAAAACCUGUUUGUAUGACUACCAUGUCAAAAAUGGUGGCAAGAUGGUUCCAUUUGCUGGCUGGAGUAUGCCUGUCCAGUAUACAGAGGGUAUAUCAGAGUCUCACCUUCACGUGCGGUCGGCGGCCGGUCUGUUUGAUGUCUCCCACAUGCUGCAGACAAGGGUCACGGGGAGGGAUGGAGUGGCCUUCAUUGAGAGCAUGAUUGUGGGGGAUGUGGGAGGGCUGAGGGACAAUCAGGGCACCCUGUCAGUGUUCACCAAUGAACGGGGAGGGAUUCUGGACGACCUCAUUGUGUCCAAGACGGAGGAAGGGUAUCUGUACGUGGUCUCCAAUGCUGGCUGUGCUGACAAGGACUAUAACAACAUGCAGACACAAGCAGAACAAUGCAGGAAAAAAGGAAUGGAUGUCAAUGUAGAAAUUAUUAGCAAUGGACUUUUGGCCUUACAAGGACCAUCCAUGUCUAGUGUACUGCAGGAGGGAGUAGACUUUGAUCUUAACAAGCUUCCAUUUAUGACCAACAAGAUGGCUACAGUGUUUGGUAUCCCAGAAUGCCGAGUAACAAGAUGUGGGUAUACAGGAGAGGAUGGAGUGGAGAUCUCUGUGAGACCAGACAGGGCUGUGGAUUUGGCCCAGGCUCUCACUGGGUCAUCUAAAGCCAAGGUCAUGCUGAUCGGCCUGGGGGCCAGGGACACACUGCGCCUAGAGGCAGGACUUUGUCUAUACGGCAGUGACAUCGAUGAAACCACAACUCCAGUCGAAGGGUCGCUCACAUGGACUAUAGGAAAAAGAAGACGAGAAGAAGCCAAUUUUCCGGGAGCAUCAGUAAUUUUGAAACAAAUUAAAGAAAAACCUCAGAGGCGACGAGUUGGUUUCAUAUCCUCAGGUGCCCCUGCAAGAGGACACACCAAAAUUUAUGAUGAGUCAGGCUCUAGUUUGAUUGGUGAGUUAACAAGUGGUUGUCCCUCUCCAUCUUUGAAAGAAAAUGUCUCCAUGGGUUACGUGAAAACGGCUUUCACCAAAAACGGAACCAAAGUGAAGUUUGAAGUCAGGAAGAAAAUGAUCGAUGCUGUCGUAUCCAAAAUGCCCUUUGUGCCAUCAAACUACUUUUCUCCAAAAUAAACUGUGUGUGCUAUGUAUCCAAUUAGGUUUGUUUUGCCUUUUUAUAAGAAUUGAGAAUGAAUUUAUUGUGGAAGGAGAUAGUUUUUUUUCAUGGUGGUGCAUUUGAUGUUAAGCUAUACAGAAAGAAUAUUGUAGUGUUUGAUACAUAAAAGUUUAAGCUACAUGGUUGUAGCUGUGUGAUAUUCUAGGAAUUUUUAAAAGUUUUUUUAAUCUCUCAUGUGUGAAGAGAUCCUGAAAAGGUAUAUAAUGUGUAUGCAAAAAAUGUAUAAGUUGAUGAAUUGUGUGAAUCUCCGUUUAACCUUGAUCUUCAAUUAUUAUCAAAUAUUUUGUAUGGAGUUUUUAUACCCAUGUACAUUUGUUUUGAAGUAGUGCUUGUAAUAUUACAUGUAUACACUUUACUAUGGAGAGGAAAAUUUUACAUUUUACUCUUACUUACGUAUGUCAGGGCAUUAUAUCAAAAUGAAUGAAAUUAACUAAAGUUUACUUUUUGUCAACAUGCAUAAAGUGCUUUUUUAUACAUUAAUAUUCAAAUAGUUAUUUUGAUCUGCAUGUAAGUAGAUCUGAAAUACAGCACCAGCCUAAAACUACUUCAUUUAUUAAGAUAACUAUUUUUUCUGCAUGUGUUGAUAUUCAUGUUUUGAUUCCAAAUAGGUACUAUAUAACAUUGAAUUUUUUGCAACUUCGGAAAAGAUAGCUAUUUAAAUAUCAUGAAAUUAAAUGAUAUAAAACUC